UCUUUAGUUGUUUGCCAAAAAUGUCGAGAAGUUUUGUUCUUCCAUCUUUAACUUUGAUAAUUUGAAGCUGAAGACUCAGCUAAAGUCAAGGGGGGUCAAGGUUAAUUGCCACUGUUUGACUUUACCUUUAGUCAUCAAUGAAACUUGAUACCUUGAUCAAGACAGUGAAGUAUGAGAAGUGGGACAGUACCCAAUUAUCUCAGAGUACUACGGUCAAAGUCCUUGGGUUGGCUCAAUGUUAUUAAGAGUGCAACACCUGUUGAUGAAACAUGGAGGAUUCCACCAAAUAAUGAUUUGAGGCCAAAAUCAAGCUUCUGAACUUUUAAACUACGUGACUAAGUACUGGUACCAGUGUGGAUGUAUUUAUUUGGACGCACGAUAAUAAAUGUAUAAAACAGUUUUGAAUAUCAUUUCGGCAGAUGAAAAAACCAAUAAAUUAAAAUUAGAAAUUCAUUAUUCAUUUAUUGCAUAUCGACGUAUUUCCCAAAUAAUUCCUACGUGACAAACAAUCACAUUCCAAAGGCUUAAAUAUUCAGAAAACAAGUUACAGGCGCCAGAAUAUCACAGACCAACGGCGAAGAAUCCGGAUCAACGAUGACGUCAAUGAUGAACUAUAAAAGCUGAACGUGGAGAUUUCGGUGUCAUAUCAAUUCGAUAACUCGACGCCACAGCAUCAGUUACAACUGUUACAAAAGCUACAGUCAUGCAGAUCAACGCAUUGUUUGUUUUGAUUAGCGGUGCACUAUUGGCACUUGCCGACGGUUCCGCCAUACCAGUCUGGGAAUUCUUGAGGAAGGAAGAGAAGACGUCAUACUUGUACUCGGUGUUCGCCAGAGACGUGGAGAAGGUGUGCAGCUCGGUGCCGACGCCCAACUGUCUUCAGGACACAUUAAAAUACGGCCUUGACAAGCUGAAGGCAAUGUCGGAAGAAGAUUUGGACGGACUUGACCCCUAUCAGCACGAAGGCCGCAAUUUAGUCUGGACCACUUUGAUGUCGGGUCACGACUUGGUGGAAGCUAAUCCUGAGCCAAAAGCCACCACCACCCCCAAGCCCAACAGUUACGAGGACGAGCUGGACUUGACGUUCGGAUCUGAAGGAAGUGCCUCCGCCGAAAUAGACGACGUCUACAGGGUUAAGGCACCCAAAGAUUUUGUCUACCACGUGGAUGACGUGGAAAAGGAAGUCGUCGCGUUGGAUUUGGAAGGAGCUGUGGGUGGCCCCAUGGUCAUCAUGUUGCAUCCCGACGGAUCUCCUGUGCAAGGCGUCAGGAAGACACCUCAAGACGAUGAUUUUAGGCAGUACCAACUCAGCAAGUUCAAGCUUCCUGUUUAACACCCAUUUUAUAUAUAUUUAUUAAUUAAGGAAACUUUGACUGCUUGAUUUGUGAUAUUAAUUAAUUUAUUUGUAUGUUUGGUAUUUGCAUGGAUGUUGCAUCAUUGUUAAGUGUGUUUAUUAUUUAUUUGUACUUGUGAUUAUAUAAGGAACUGGAUUAAUUGUAAUAUUUAUUGAAUAAUUUAUGCAAGAAUAAAUAAUUUUCUUAAGAA